GAUAUGGCGCAGGGCUACUACGUGGAGUGCGAGGAUGGCUGCUUCGUGCGAGCGGCGGCGGUGGUGGUCACGGUGUCGGAGCAGAUCGCGGAAGAGGCGGUCCAAAGGUUAGAGGAGGAGGAGUUCCUGCAGACUAAGACGAUUCCGCUGGACACGAUCCGAGGAGAAUUGGAGUUGUGGAAGGAAGCCAUCGCGGAGGAGUACGCGUCGCUCACUGCCGAAACACAGGCGAUAAAGCCGUUGUCAGCGGCGGAAGCGGAGGAACUCAUGAAGCACGCGGAGGUGGAAGUGGCGACCGGCAAGGGGGUGUUCACUAGGAAGGCAGGAUCAGGGAGAAGAAAGGUCCGAGCGGUGGUCUGCGGGAAUCAAUUGUCAGGGAAGGAAACUAAGGAAGAGGUGUUCGCGGGAGGGGCGGACAGCAUAGCAUUGCGGGCCACUCUCCGCAAGGCGGCCUUUGAGCAGUGGAAGGUUGGAACGGUGGACGUGAAGACAGCGUUCCUGCAGGCGCCCAAUCAGAGGCAGAAGCUGCUGGUGGUUACCCCGCCCAAGAUCUUUGGGCAGGCUGGGGUCACCAAGGAAGGAGAACGGUGGCUGGUCUUGAAGGCGUUGUAUGGGUUGAACACAAGCCCAAAGGACUGGGGUUGCCACAGGGAUAAGACUAUGGCAAGUUUUGGUUGGCGGGUCAAUGAUGUGGACUUCAAGAUUUACCCGCUGGAGGGCAACCUGUGGGCAAUCAGGGAGGUGGAGUCCGGGGCCACGGUGGGGAACAUCGUGGUGUAUGUGGACGAUAUGUUGGUGGCGGCUAAGGAGGGCGUCAUGAAAGGCUUCAUGCAGAGGCUGCAGCAGGAGUGGAAGACAUCUGCCCCGGAGGUGGUGGAAGGGGGCACUCCGGUUACGUUCUGCGGCAUGGAGAUCUGCGAGAAGGAAGGGGGAUUCUGGUUGGGUCAGUCGGCGUAUAUCCGGGACCUGGUGGGAAGAUACCCCGAGGUGAAGAAUUUUGACGUGCCUGCGGUGAAGGUGGAGCUGGCAGAGGAGGAAGAAGUGGACAGAACAGCGGAUGAUGUUCGGGAGGCGCAGGUAGCCCUGGGGGAGCUGUUGUGGGUUUCGACCCGAACAAGGCCGGAUGUGGCGUUUGCGGUGGGUCAAGCGUCUAGAAUGGUGGCGCGGAAUCCGAAGCAGGCGUUGCAGGCGGCGAAGCAGAUCCUGGGUUAUUUGAAGGGGACGGAUGAGGUGGGCAUCAUCUACAGGAAGGAGAUGAAGCCGAGAGAAGGGGAAGUCGAAUUCCCGGGCCCUCAACAUAUGGGAACGCUGGAGAUUCAGGCGGAUGUGAGCUUCGCACCAGGAGGAGGACGGUCCAUUCAGGGCGUGAUGGUGAUGUAUGGAGGAAUGGGCCUGGACGUUUUGGAGGGGAAGAAGGUGAAGAAGGUGCUGGGGAGCAAGCCCAACGGCACGUUCGGAGCUGCGGGAUGGUUGGUGGUGGAUAAGCUGAAGGCGGUGAUUGGCAUGCUCAGCCUGGCGGCGGGGGCAAUGGCAGAGGAGGUGGUAGAGAUUGAUGAGGAGUCAAUCCCAGUGGAGUUGAUCCUCACGGUGGUCGCAGUUCUGGCUGUGGUGGUGUGGGAGAUCACCAAGAAGGACUACCGGCAGUCCAAGAGACCAGGGACCAGGGGAGGACGGGACGGACGAUGGGACUUGGCCUGGGACGGGUCAGUCUUGGGCACGGAGCGCAUGGAGUACUACCGCAAGAUGGAGCAGCUCUCGGAGGACAGAUGGGCCUUCUUGGAGGCGAGGAAUCGGGGGCGCUAUGGCAUGAAGGAGGAUGGAACCCUAGGCCCGGGGGAGCUGGUCAGGGAAAGGAAGAAAGAGAAGUUGGCCAUGGGCAAGAAGAGCAAGAUGGCCUACAACAUGGUCAGGUGGUGUCAAUGUAAGGAUCGGGCGGCGGUGGCUGGGCUGAUCGAGUUGCGGGGUGCGGCAUCAAGCUCGAGCAGAGGAGGGCGCUGCGCUGGAGAGGACAAGUGA